GAAUUGCCCGCCCUCCCUCUCUCGCUCGUGUCCCAUCUCGGCGCAUUGCUGCCUCUCCAACUCCAGAUGCCUCCGCCUCCCUGCAAGGAAGGUGCGCUCACCGCCAUCUGUCAGCAAAGGCCUCUGUGAAGCCGGACCAGAAGGACCCCGCCCGACCCAGUCAACAAACGCGGCGCUUCGCAACUUGACGUCCAGCCCAGCCCCUCCCUCCUCACGCUACCGCUACGCAACCCCCUGAGCUCGCUGGGAUUGGGAACAAGACCAGCAGCAAGACGGCCAGCCAGCGCUCCUGGGAAGACGAGACUGCUGCCAGGCUCGGCGAGAUGAACGAGAGUCGGAGGGAAGCGCUGGCGGCGGCCCCCGCGCCCACCGCCGCCGCCUCCUCCUCGUCCUCCUUGUCCAACACCACCAACGUGGCGGGCGGCGCCGGACCCAAGGACGAGGCCUUCUCCAAGCUCAAAAACAAGUUCAUGAACGAGCUCAACAAGAUCCCACUGCCGUCGUGGGCCAUCGUGUCCAUCGCCUUCGUGGCCAUCAUCCUGGUGCUGGCCUGCUGCUUCUGCGUGUGCAAAAAGUGGAUCUUCAAGAAGAAGAACAAGAAGAAGGGCAAGGACAAAGGCAAAAACGCCAUCAACAUGAAGGACGUGAAGGACGGGGCCAAAACCGAGGCCUUUAAGGAUGAGGAGGACGCCGAGACAGGCCUGACGGAAAUGGAGAAAGAGGCUGAGCCCAAGGAGGAGCAGAAACUGGGCAAAUUACAGUACUCGCUGGAUUACAAUUUCACAGAGAACACGCUGAUGGUGGGGAUCAUCCAAGCGGCCGAGCUUCCCGCCAUGGAUAUGGGCGGCACGUCCGACCCGUACGUCAAAGUCUACCUGCUGCCCGACAAGAAGAAGAAGUUCGAGACCAAAGUCCACCGCAAGACCCUCAAUCCCGUCUUCAACGAGCAGUUUACCUUCAAGGUUCCCUACGUGGAGCUGGGCGGCAAGACACUGGUGAUGACGGUGUACGACUUUGACCGCUUCUCCAAGCACGACGCCAUCGGCGACAUCAAGGUGCCCAUGAACAAGGUGGACUUCAGCCACGUCACGGAGGAGUGGCGAGACCUGCAGAGCGCCGAGAAAGAGGAGCAAGAGAAGUUGGGCGACAUCUGCUUCUCCCUCCGCUACGUGCCCACCGCUGGUAAACUCACCGUGGUGGUCCUGGAGGCCAAGAACCUGAAGAAGAUGGAUGUGGGCGGCCUGUCAGAUCCGUACGUGAAGAUCCACCUGAUGCAGAACGGCAAGCGACUGAAGAAGAAGAAGACCACCAUCAAGAAGAACACACUCAACCCGUACUACAACGAGUCCUUCAGCUUUGAGGUCCCCUUCGAGCAAAUCCAGAAAGUGCAGGUGGUGAUCACGGUGCUGGACUACGACAAGAUCGGCAAGAACGACGCCAUCGGCAAAGUCUUUGUGGGCCUGAACAGCUCGGGCACGGAGCUGCGCCAUUGGUCCGACAUGCUGGCCAAUCCCAGGAGACCCAUCGCCCAGUGGCACGUGCUCAAGCCCGAGGAGGAGGUGGACGCGCAGCUCUCCAAUAAGAAAUAGGCAGGACCGCCCUCAUGCCCCCGCCCCCUCCCGCCCAUUGGCUCCUCCACGCUCCUGCCUUCUUGUAUAGCAGGGGGGGCGGGGCAAAGCGUGACCCUGGGGCCACACGAGGACCGCCAGGUAUUUAUAUCGUUGACCUGAUGGCUAUUCUAUUAGUCAAGUGUUUUAUGAAAUAGUUGGUCAAAAUCGGCAGCCAGUUGCGCUAACCACUAAGCUGUUGCUGCCUAAAAUGUUGUUUUUUUGUUUUAACUCAAAAGGUGGCCCCCAGAGCAACCAAUUUUGCCCCCCUCCCCUCCCCGUUCAAUAGCCAGUCUGUGUAAAUACCUCAGUGAUAUCCACGCCUCCUCUUUGCUUUAGCGCCGCAUCCUCGCCAUCAGGGUCUCUCUUGUCGCUUGCCCCGCCCCUCCCUCCUGGCCCCGCCCCUCCUUCUUUUAAGCAAUAUGAUGUGCAUAGAUGACAGCAUAGCGCAUGACUGACACACGUGUACGAAUAUGACGUCCGUCCGUCCGUCCAUCUGUCCAGGCACUGCACUGUAUACUGUAAACGUUAUGCAGGCCGCACAUUUCCAGUUGACGUGUUUCUAUGUUGUUCUAUCUGGAUGUUUUUAAUAAGAUGUUCUAUUUUAAACGCGUGUACAAGGCGCACAUACGUGCGUGCGCAAGCGUGUGUGGGUGACUCGAGUGUGAACCAGAGCCAAUAUGACGCAACCCAGGAUUUACGAAGAAUACUUUCUUACUGCAUUCCAAGUUAAGAUAAGAUAUGCUAUACUUGUGCUAGCAGACGUCCCAAAAAAGUCCACCGACUGCUUUGGUUAAUUGAGGGGAGGCUUCGACAAGCACAUGAUUUCGUAUGACUUUUUUCUACUUAUUCGUCAGUUUGAGGGUCCUCGCCUUUACUCAACCGAACGAUGACUCUUUUCACCUUUUGCGCUACGCCCCCCCGCUUAAGUCGAGCCAUCGUGAUAAAAGCAACAAGUUGUCGCCGUCGUGUCCUUAUCUCUUUACCCUUGUUUUGUAUUUCUCGUAUUUAUGUAUAUUUUUUUUUCGCCUUGUAGGCCGGCGUCUCUGCUUCAGUUGCAAGCGAUAAAAAGCGCCCUCUGGGGACGCCGGUGCAUAAACACUGCCAUGCGCCGAGAGGCUAAGCUAGCUUGCCGUUCUCUCGCGUCGCACACUUUUGGGAACAAAACCAGUCUUGGCUUUCAGUUGCCUCGGCGCGAAUGCCGGUUUUUUUUCACUGCCAGUCGUUGCGACCAUUUGCACUCUUGGAGUUUCGGUUGAUUCUUGGUUUGCGAGAAGUCAUCGUGACAAAACAAGCUAGCCGCUAGCUUCUUUCCGCCACCCUCAGAACGUUAACGCUCUCUCACCUGGUUCUUUACGACAACAUUUCCUACGUGGAGGGUCAAUUGUUGUCUUUGGAAAAAAUCUCACAGCUCACUACCAAACAAAAAUUGUGCUCUAAUUAGUCAAUGUGUAUGAUGGGUGGGUUUAAUUAAACAUGAAGCUAUUCUUCUGAUGUAUAAAUGGCAACUUCUGCCAUCUAGUGGAGACGCAUUUAAAUGUUCUGCCGGUCAUUAUAUGGCGCUGGCACUGAUAUAUAUAUAUUUGUAGUAAUUAAAUCAUGAUUAAGUAAAGGGAUCAUAUCAGCGGUUGGGAAUAACCGCUUUCCGACGUUUAUAUCUUCCAAAUCUAGAGGCCGGGGGGCAUUUUAAGCUUUUUCUCCAGUGUUCUUGUGUAGUUAGCGGAGCGCCAUUUUUGGAGAAGCUGCCCAUCACCAUCAUUCCGCGGGCGUCUGUCGUCGGACGCCCGCUUUGUGUAUCACUGUGAUGCCGUGCGUGUAGACGUGUAGACUUAGCGCUAAUUUGUUGCGUAGUGACGUCGCCAAUUUUCCCGCCAAGAGAGUUUGUUGAGCACUGUGCAAUACUCUGCGUGCGUGUGUUCAUUCCGUCAUUCCAAAAAGGCGAAAAUCCGAGCGAGGAAGCGGCGACGAUGUUCCCCGCUUGGUUUGGUUUUCCUCUGGUGCGCAAGUGUGUGUUUGCACAGUUCAGGGAGUUAAAUACCAAACAAGCUCUCCAAAUGUGUGUGUAUGUGUGUGUACAUAUUUACAUAAAAAUGUAUAUCUAUAAGACAUAUGAUAAUCUAAAUCUUUUAUGUGUCGCCAUCCUUUUCUAUUGGAGGUUACAAUGUUGAAUGUACAGUAUGGACUGUGUUGGUGUUGAUUAGAUGUACUUUGCACUUUUAUUUUGUAUAAAAAAACAACCUGUUACCCCAACCUUUUGCGUCAUUUUCAAGCUCCGCCCCCACUUAAAGAAGAAUAGCAAAUGUUAAAUCAAAAAAAGGAAAUGUGUAAAGUAGAAAAGGGGCAGGAAUGUGGCGACAGUGCAGGAAAACAAAAAACUCGACAAAAUAAAAGCCAUUCAACUGCACCGCCACCGCACCGAGCUCCGCCUCUUGACCAUUCCCUGCACCAAUCGGAGCAAAGCGGUGUAAAAAGUACGCGAAGAUCCUCGUUGCCUUUGCUGUGUUUCAGAAACUGCCUGCUUGACUAUUUUGUGUUUUCUCCUCUGUGAUCUCGUAAAAUUGUUCAUUCUUAUUUUUGUAUUUAAUUUAUUUUCUUUUUUCUCUUUGUGAGCGUGUGCGUGUGUGUGUGUGUGUGUUGUGAUUCACGCUGUGGAGUUUUUGACUGUUGUUCUAUAACUUCAUAAUAUACAAAUGAUCAAUCAAUAAAAAAAACAUUUUAUUUCCCUGUUGAGAUACAGAA